ACCUUUUUUUGCUGUUUAGCCUGUUACAUUCUAGUGUCAUCCAUUAUUUAAAAUUUUAAAUAUCUAAUUUUGUUUUUGUUUUUUUUUUUUUAUUUAAUUAUUUACAGUGCACAGAAAUAGAGAAACUGAAAGAUCAAGUACUGGGAUCCUCAAUCAAAGGAUGUUUUUUUCAGAUUAAACUCUGGUCACUGACUCAUAAACAAGUACAAGAAGAAGAAGAACCUUGAAGAACAUUCUUAAAACAGAAAAAACACAGUUAUGGAGGUGGCUUUGCAAGUACAUAGGCCACUCAGUUUCAGUUGCAGUUGCAGUUGCAGAACAGUGUUCAAUCAGAGAAGCCACUUAAAGCUCCGACCUUUUCUUGGGUUUUUUCCUCAUGGAAGAGUCACUCACUUCUCAAAGUCUUCUUCAUGGGGAAAAGAGUGCCAGGGAGGUGGAGUUUCAUAUCGGAUCAUUGCUAGUUCAGAUUCUCCAAGGAGGAGAUCAAAGAAAAUGUCAAAUGCAAGGCCUAAAGGCCCUGCUUCAAAGGGAUUGACGCCAAAAACACCGGUGGGAACAAGCACCCAAAAGAGGGAUGAAAUAAAUAAUGAAGAGAAAGAGUUGCCAAUUGCUCCAACAUCUAGUGAGCAUGUGUCACCCAACAGGAAAACUGUUGAAACAAAAGUUGAUACUGAGGAAGAGUGGGUGGUUGCACAUUCUCGAGAGGUUAAAUCUGAGAAAGAAAUCAUUUCUGAAACUGAGGAAGCCAAUGAAUUAUCAUCAGCAAAUAAAUCAUCAGCUAUUGCUCAGAAAAUUCAAGUGGUGAAAAAUGGAACCAUUGCUAGGGUCAAUGAGGAUAUAGCAGAAUUACAGAAGAUAGAAACAGCUUCCAAGAGUGAUAUUGAGAAUGUUCCUGAUAAAAUGGUUUCAGAAGGAAGACACUUGGAUAUCAUAGAGCGUGAUGACACCACAAGAGAUAAAAGCACUGAAACUGAUGAAAAGAUUAGAGAAGAAGCUUCUCUAAAAUUAAAGUUGGAGAUGGAAGCGAACUUGCGUAAGCAGAAAAUUGAGAUGCUUGCUGAGGAGAACUUCUCGAUAGGGAGCAAGAUGUUUGUUUUUCCUCAAGUUGUGAAACCUGAUCAAGAUAUAGAAGUUUUCCUCAGUAGGGGUCUCUCCACUUUAAAUAAUGAGCCAGAUGUUCUGUUAAUGGGAGCCUUUAAUGACUGGAGAUGGAAAUCAUUUACAGUAAGGUUGAAAAAAACACAUCUGAAAGGGGAUUGGUGGUCUUGCCUAGUUCAUGUUCCCAAGGAAGCCUACAAGAUGGACUUUGUCUUUUUCAAUGGUCAAAAUGUCUAUGACAAUAAUGAUGAAAAGAAUUUCUGCAUAACUGUGGAAGGUGGAAUGGAUGCGUUUGAAUUUGAGGAUUUCUUGCUUGAAGAGAAACGUAAAGAACUUGAGAAACUUGCUAAGGAGCAAGCUGAAAGGGAAAGACAAGCAGUGGAACAACGGCGAAUAGAUGCAGAGAAAGCAGCAAGUGAAGCUGAUAGAGCACAGGCAAGGGAGGAGACUCAAAGGAGGCGAGAAGCUUUGAAACAGUUGACAAAAAAUGCUGUAAGGUCUGUCGAUCAUGUUUGGUAUAUAGAGCCUGGUGAGUUUAAAGGUGAAGACUCAGUCAGGUUAUAUUAUAAUAAAAACUCUGGCCCCCUUGCUCAUGCGAAGGAACUAUGGAUUCAUGGGGGCCAUAAUAGUUGGAAGGAUGGAUUGUCCAUUGUUGAAAUGCUUGUCAGUUCUGAAGAAAAGGAUGGUGACUGGUGGUAUGCUGAUGUUGUUGUACCUGAUCGAGCAUUUGUCUUAGAUUGGGUUUUUGCUGAUGGACCACCACAGAAAGCCAUUGUGUAUGAUAACAACCACCGCCAGGAUUUCCAUGCAAUUGUCCCAAAAGGCAUACCUGAAGAACUUUAUUGGGUUGAGGAAGAACACCAGAUUUAUCGGAAACUCCAGGAGGAGAGGAGGUUAAGAGAGGAGGCUAUACGUGCCAAGGCUGAAAGAACAGCACGUAUGAAGGCUGAAACAAAGGAAAGAACUUUGAAAAGGUUUUUGCUAUCUCAAAAGCACAUAGUCUACACAGAACCUCUUGAUGUUCAUGCAGGAAGCACAGUGAAGGUUUUCUAUAAUCCUGCCAACACAGUUCUCAAUGGAAAACCUGAAGUUUGGUUCAGGGGUUCAUUUAACCGUUGGACCCACCGCAAUGGUCCAUUGCCGCCUCAGAAAAUGUUGCCUUCAGAUAAUGGUACUCAUGUCAAAAGCACUGUCAAGGUUCCAUUGGACACAUAUAUGAUGGACUUCGUAUUCUCUGAGAAGGAAGAUGGUGGAAUUUUUGACAAUAAAAAUGGCAUGGAUUACCACAUACCUGUGUUUGGAGGAAUUGUUAAGGAGCCACCAAUGCACAUAGUGCAUAUUUCUGUUGAAAUGGCUCCCAUUGCAAAAGUUGGAGGCCUUGGUGACGUUGUUACUAGUCUAUCUCGUGCUGUACAAGAUUUGAACCACAAUGUGGACAUCAUUCUUCCAAAGUAUGACUGUUUGAAAUUUAGCAAUGUCCUAUAUGCAGUGGUUGUACUCUCUCGCAGAGGUCCAUUUUGCAAUGACUGUAGCGUGAAGGACUUUCAGUAUAACAGAAGCUAUUCCUGGGGUGGGACCGAAAUUAAAGCAUGGUUUGGGAAGGUCGAAGGCCUUUCUGUCUACUUUUUGGAGCCUCAAAAUGGAUUCGUUUCAACAGGCUGCAUAUAUGGCUGUAGGAAUGAUGGAGAGAGGUUUGGCUUCUUUUGUCAUGCUGCUCUUGAAUUUCUACUCCAAAGUGGAUUUCAUCCUGAUAUCAUCCACUGCCAUGAUUGGUCCACUGCACCAGUUGCAUGGUUGUUUAAGGAUCAUUAUACGCAUUAUGGUCUCAGUAAAGCUCGGGUUGUCUUCACGAUCCACAACCUUGAAUUUGGGGCAGCCUUAAUUGGGAAAGCUGUGGCAUAUUCAGACAAGGCUACAACUGUAUCCCACACUUACUCAAAGGAGGUUGCUGGAAAUCCUGCAGUUGCUCCUCAUCUCUACAAGUUCCAUGGUAUAUUAAAUGGAAUUGACCCAGAUAUGUGGGACCCAUAUAAUGAUAAGUUCAUUCCUAUAUCAUACACCUCAGACAAUGUUGUUGAAGGCAAAAAAGCUGCCAAGGAAGCCUUACAACAGAAGCUUGGUUUGAAAAGAUCUGAUCUCCCUUUGGUCGGAAUUAUCACUCGCUUAACUCAUCAGAAAGGAAUUCAUCUCAUCAAGCACGCCAUCUGGCGCACCUUAGAUCGCAAUGGACAGGUUGUAUUGCUUGGUUCAGCCCCAGAUCCUCGUAUUCAAAAUGAUUUUGUGAAUUUAGCCAAUCAAUUGCAUUCUACUCACAGUGACCGUGCUCGCCUUUGUUUGACUUAUGAUGAGCCUCUAUCACACUUAAUAUAUGCUGGUGCUGAUUUCAUUCUAGUCCCUUCAAUUUUUGAGCCAUGUGGACUGACCCAGCUCACAGCAAUGAGAUAUGGUUCAAUACCAGUUGUUCGCAAAACUGGAGGACUUUACGACACUGUAUUUGACGUUGAUCAUGAUAAAGAGAGAGCACAAGCACAGAGUCUUGAACCAAAUGGAUUUAAUUUUGAUGGAGCUGAUGCUGCUGGUGUUGAUUAUGCUCUCAAUAGGGCAAUUUCUGCUUGGUAUGACAGUCGGGAUUGGUUUAAUUCGUUAUGCAAGACAGUGAUGGAGCAAGACUGGUCUUGGAAUCGGCCCGCUCUUGAUUACAUGGAGCUUUACCAUGCAGCAUGCAAGUGAAACGAGAAAUUGAUUUAGACGUGCAAUUUAAUCUUGUUACCCACUUUGUACAGGUUUGGUGGUAUAUCUUGAUUUAAUUUUUCUCAUUAAAAAGCUUCGUCUAGUUGCACAUAAUUCACCAUAGUCAGAAUAAUGCAAGGUGACACAUUUUAGAGCUUAAAAUGGUUCAUCCAUAUCUGUGUAGCAUAUAACAACAGGUUAGAUUCAGAAUAAUGUGGUGUACUUAUGUAAUAAGCAGAAAUGAAUUAUCAGUUCAUGUCAAGACUCAAAAGAGGUGAAUUAUAACAAUAAAGGUGAGCAAUGAAGGUUAUAUUCUGAGAUUUAGCAA